AUGGCUACAAGGCAAAAAUGGCAUGUGCCCCGGCGCAACUUGAAAGUGGAUGACAUAGUCAUUAUCAAAGAAGACACACUUCCAAGGAACCAGUGGCAACUAGGCCGAGUAGUUGAUGUUACAAAAGGGAUGGACGGUCUAGUUCGCAGAGUCAGAGUACAAGUUGGGGAGCGGAAACUAACGAAAAAACAGGAUCAUAACUCUAAGCCCUCUAUCAUCGAACGGCCUAUCCAAAAGCUAGUGCUUCUCCUUGAAAGUGAAUAAUUGGCCGUCAGUCCAAAAUAUACUUGCAUCAGACAUGUCAGGCUAUUUGUGUUUUUAUGUGUACCUAUGCGGUUUAGUGUGGCCUUUUAUGGUUUGUAAAUCGUGUAUGAUUCUGUUUAUUAACCUUUAGUGAGUUCAUUCAUCAUAACACGAUUGGUGGGAGUGUAAGUGACUCGCUUAUUCGUCAUUCAUGUUCCUUCGUUUUAACCCCGGAACCUGUAUGGCUAUCUACGUUGUUUACGUCCCGUCGCUGUAGGCGAAUAGCUUAUUCGUUAUUCACGUUCCUUCGCUGUUACCCCGGAACCUGUAUGGAUGACUUUUUUGUUUACGUUUCGUCACUGUAAGCCCGGGAACACGCUAGUCUACAGCUGUUCUUUCUCCCGACUUUCCACAUCACCCGUACCUCUGUUAUGGAAGCCCAUCAAGCUAACAGCAAGCUUUGAAGCAGUCACGUGUGAGUUUUGCACCCUUGGUGAGCGGAGUGAGGUGUGUAUCUGGUAUAGUGUGUGUGUGUAAAAAGUAAACAUAUUUGUGAUCUAAGCCUAAUCUAAUUACUGUUGUUUAUUUUUUGAAGCACAGUAUUUCUAUGUGUUUUAUGGUUUGAUUGAAUGCACUGUGGAAAUGUGAUUUGUAUUAAAUAAAUUCUUUCUGUUUAUUUUUAGUUUUCACGGUGCUACUAAAUAAAAGGAAAUUGCACCUGUCGAGACUCUCUGCCAUUAUUAUGUACAUCAAGGGCUGCAACAGUGAAAACUCAACGCUAGUCAUCCACCACGCCAGCGUCUUCAUCAGCCAGCGGACAAGAUCAUCUGAUGUCCACGCCUGCGUACGGAUGCCACAGCUGCAGUGAGAGAUCUAACUCAUAAAACUAAUCACAUAGGCUACAUGGUAUUAAAGUUGAUGUGGUAAAAUUAACCUGAAACUACCUACUCAGCUAAUUCAUCAUAUGACAUGUUGGGAAAAUAGAGAGUACAUAACUGCCAUAUGCUGAGUUAUUCAAAGGACAAUUUUUAAAUGUGUGAUACUGAAUUGUGUCAAAGGCUAGAGCCUUACGGUUGAAAGUUGCAACGAGAGUGUUAAGGUAAAUGUCAUUUCAUGAGAUCCUAACUCCUGAAUCUUUAACAAUAUUUGAAAGGAAAAUUGUCUGACCACAGAGUAUUUAGCAGCAUUCGUGUUUUAUAACGCUUGCAUUGUCACUGUUUGUUAACCUUGCUAUAGCCACAAAGUGUAAAUGUCUGAUGUGAGUGGUAUUACACAAUUUAAAGGAUAAGUUAAAGUCACCACUCAUCUAAAUUUGAGUCCAGGCAUAACACACUCUAAAGCUAUAAUAAAUCAAACAGAAGCACAAGAUCAACAUGAUGUUAACACCUGCUGAAGAAACAGACAACCCCCCUGAGACACAGGUCAGGUCCAGCUCUCGUGAGCGAAGUUUAUCAGCAAAGGGUCUAGAGUUGCAUGAACAGGAAGCAAAGAAAAAUGAAAAGGCAUUCAAUAAAACCUAUGACUCUUGGAAGCAGGCAGCAAAGGAAAUCAGACUGAGACUGAAGGCUUUCUGCUCAGUUGAGGACCUUGAUAAAACCCAAACAGAUAUUAAGGUUAAACAUGUCAUAGUACAACAGCACUAUGAACCCAUUCGACGCAACCAUACUUCUACCCCAGAUAUUGCCAAGAAAAUGGAUGCAUGUGUCACUCUGACAGCUGAGAUUUGUGACCUCAUCAAUAAACGACUUGAGAACAUAGAUGAGACCUUCAAUGACCACCUCGAGAAGGAGAGAGUGAGGAUAGUGCUAAAUAAAAAUGAGUAUGGAUCCGUCUUUGGAAACUCAAAAACAGAAACAGUGAUCUCUGAGUCCAUACAGAGAUCAUACGCUUCCUCAAGCGCCACUUCCAGGUCCUCUAGCAAACGUGCAGAUGCAGAAGCGGACCUCGCAGCCAAACUAGAGCAGGCAAAAGCUAUGCAAAUAAUUCAUACCCAACAAGCGAGACUUGAUGAAUUGGAGAGCGAAUGGAAAUUUAAAGAAACGCAAAUGCUAGCAGAAUUCAAGCAGAGGGAGGCUGAGAUGAAAUUAAAGUUAGAAGAGGAAAAAACAAGGUUACAACAGCUACAUGCAGACAAUGAAGUAAAGGUAGCUGCCGCUCGGGUGAGAGCGUAUCACAACUUUAAUGGACGUGAAAGUGUUUAUGAAGAGCCUGACCAUACAAUUCAAUAUGGCUGCCACAAUGCUGAAUUGAAAACUCCAUUAGAUCCACAUGCCAGGCCAUUCCAGCCUUACCAUACACUCCCUGAAGCACAAACAGCUCCGGAAGAAGCCAGGCUAGCCCAAGCAAUUGCAAGCUCACUUACCAUAAGCCGUCUACCUGUCCCAGAACCGGCGACGUUUACUGGUGACCCUUUAAAAUUCAUAGACUGGAAGAUAUCCUUUAUGGCUCUCAUCGGCCAGAAGCCCCUCCCAGUAAGUGAAAAAAUGCUCUAUCUAAAGAGUUAUCUCGCUGGGGAAGCACGCAAGGCUGUGGAAGGAUUCUUCUACCGAAACUCCGAAGACGCAUAUCAGGGUGCCUGGGCAGUCUUGCAGGAUAGAUAUGGAAGCCCAUUUGUUGUCCAAAGAGCCUUUAGAGACAAGCUCAUAAAGUGGCCCAGGUUAGCCGCAAAUGACCCUAUUGCACUCAGAGAGUUUGCAGAUUUCCUUCAAGGUUGUGUUGAGGCCAUCCCUCAUGUUAAGGGCUUAGCCAUCUUAAAUGAUUGUGAGGAAAAUCACAAGCUUCUCAAAAAACUGCCUGAGUGGAUGGUGCGUAGAUGGGGUCGUAUUGUUGUGGAAGAAUUAGACAAGUCUGGGGACUAUCCAAGUUUCAAACAGUUCACAGAGUUUAUGCAAAAGGAAGCCCGCAUAGCUUGUAACCCUAUUGCUUCCCCUCUUCUGAUGAACAUCAAACCCGCAGAAGAGAGGUUUCCUAAGAGAGCCAAAGCACUCAGUACAAGUGCUCAAAUAAAAACCUCUCCUUCAGGAGAACUGAAAACCUCAUACUCCAAGCCAAGGCCACCUUGCUUAGUUUGUAAGGACGAAACACAUGGUGUCGCUAAGUGCCCUAUGUUUGCAGCCAAGUCUGCGGACGAGAAAAAAACUUUCAUUCAUGAAAAUCACCUUUGCUUCGGGUGCUUAAGGAAGGGGCACAUUACUAAGGACUGUAAGGGACGACACACCUGCAACACAUGUGGUCGACGUCAUCCAACAUGCUUGCAUAUAGAGAGAGAAAAGGCACCUACGGAAAUGUCAGACGGAGAUCCUGUAGUCAGAAAGGACCAUGCAAGAAAAGAAAUCCACAAGGUUAUGGCCCAUGCCAUAACACAGCAUGCUUCUGCCACCUCCAGCAUCGUUCCAGUUCUUGUGUCGUCAGCUACGGUGCCUCAGAAAGAAAUUCUCACUUAUGCCCUACUUGACACACAAAGUGACUCAACUUUCAUCUUGGAGGAUCUAGCGUCUGAACUAAACGUGGACACUCAAUCAGUGCAACUCAAGCUCAGUACAAUGACAGCCGUCAACACAGUCAUAGCAAGUAAAACUGCCUUUGGUCUACAAGUUAGAGGACUCAACUCCGACACCUAUGUCCAAAUAAAGCAGGCAUACACACGAGACUUCAUUCCAGUCGAUAAGUCACACAUCCCUACCAAAAGUACAGCACUCCAGUGGUCUCAUCUCAAACACCUGUCUAGCAAGCUACCACCACUACAAGACUGUGAGGUGGGACUGUUAAUUGGUUAUGAUUAUCCAUCAGCUCUAGCUCCCUUGGAUGUCAUCACAGGUAGUGUAAAUGAACCGUUCGCACAGAGAACUAUGCUCGGCUGGAGUAUUAUAGGGUCUUCCAACCCCCAUUUAGAUAGACAGGGAAGUCAGAGUUUCGUGCACCGAGUUGCAGUAAAGGAAAUGCCACAAACCACUGAUGUGCUGAAGGUUCUAGAAUCAGACUUUAACGAAAGGAGUUAUGAGGACAAGUAUGUCUCUCAAGAUGAUGUUCGCUUCAUACAACUACUUAGUGACAAUAUCAGGCAGAAGGAGGAUGGACACUAUGAGAUGCCCCUCCCUUUCAAGGGCAGCAGUCCACCAACACUACCAAACAAUAAAAAGCUGGCUGCUAUUCGGUUGCAACACCUGAAAAGGAAAUUAAAGGCCAACAAAGAAUAUUAUGACCACUAUACCGCCUUCAUGAAAGAAACAAUCGACAAGGGUGAUGCAGAGCCAGCCCCCUCUGUUUCUGAGAGAGAGACCUUGUGGUAUAUCCCUCAUCAUGGGGUUUACCACACCAAGAAACCAGGCAAACUAAGAGUUGUUUUUGAUUGCUCAGCAAAGUUUCGUGGCAUCUCUCUAAACGACACUCUACUGACAGGUCCUGACCUAAUCAACUCUCUGGUGGGAGUUCUGUGUCGCUUUAGAAAGGAAGCAGUGGCUGUAAUCUGUGACAUCGAAAAGAUGUUCCAUCAGUUCUGUGUCUCACCUGAAGUUCGCGACUACCUGAGGUUCCUAUGGUGGGAGGAUGGACAGUUGGAAACAGAACCACAAGAAUAUAGAAUGACAGUCCAUCUUUUCGGUGCUGCCUCCUCCCCAGGAUGUGCCAACUUCGGUCUUAAGUACUUGGCACAGCAACACAAGUCUGACUACUCUUCAGCGCCAGCUUUCAUCGAGAAGAACUUUUAUGUGGAUGACGGGUUAAUCAGUGUUCCAUCAGUCAAAGAAGCUAAAGAAUUGAUUGUUGAAGCACAGGAGCUGUGUAAAGGUGCAGGCCUACGCCUACACAAAUUCAACUCUAAUCAAAGGGAGGUCCUUUCGUGUGUAGCCCCCUCAGAAAGAGCGGAAACAACUGAACAGCUCAACCUUUGUCCAGACGUAUCACCAGAAGGACACAUACUUGGUAUUCAGUGGUCGCUAGGAAAUGACACCUUCAGUUUCAGUGUCGAUGCAAAGGAUCACCCCCCAACUCGUCGUGGUCUCUUGUCUGUUGUUGCUUCUCUGUAUGACCCACUUGGAUUUGUUGCUCCCUUCACCCUGAGUGGAAAGUGCAUCCUGCAGGAACUCUGUCGCAGAGGCAAUGGAUGGGACGAUCCACUUCCCGAAAGUCUGCGUCCACGGUGGGAGGAGUGGAAAAGCGGUCUGCAAAGGCUAAAGGAUGUCACCAUACCCAGAUGCUACCACCCUCAAGACUUCGGUAACAUUGUCAGAGUGGAACUGCACCAUUUCUCAGAUGCUAGUAAUAUAGGAUAUGGUGCAUGUUCCUACUUAAGGUACAAAAACGACAAAGACGAAGUCCAUUGUAGUCUUGUAAUGGCCAAAGCUAGGGUUGCACCCACUAAAGUCGUAAGUAUCCCAAGACUGGAACUCUCCGCAGCAGUCAUUUCAGCCAAGAUGAGUGUAAUGCUGAAAACUGAACUUGAGAUGAAAAUUGACGAGGAAUUCUUUUGGACUGACUCUCAGGUAGUGCUUGCAUACAUCAACAAUGAAGCACGAAGGUUCCAUGUGUUUGUGGCAAACCGUGUUCAAAUGAUAAGAGAGAAUACUAAACCAAGUCAGUGGCACUAUGUUGACACGGCACAAAACCCAGCCGACCACGCCUCCCGAGGUCUUCAUGCAGCAGACAUCUCCUCAGCCGGUUGGUUAUCAGGGCCCAAGUUUUUAUGGGAACAAGAGGUGUUUCGAACACCUAGCCCUCCAACAGAGCUACUUGUUGGGGAUCCAGAAGUUAAGGUACUUCAAGUUUUCGCAACUCAAGUCAAUGAUCAGAGAAAUAUUCUAAGCCGACUGAGCCGGUUUUCCACUUGGACCAUGCUGGUUAAAGUGGUUGCAAGAAUCAAGAGACUAGGGUCGAAGCUAAAAAAUCACAGCGACCUUGUGACUGUUGUAGAACGAAGGGAAGCUGCUGAGGUGGUAAUCAAGCUUGUCCAGCAGCAGGCCUUUCCUCAAGAGCUAAAGGUACUGCAAAGAGGUUCACCAAGGGACAGUCUUCCAAGCUCAAGUUCUCUUUUUCGUCUUGAUCCCAUUCUUGAAGGGGGACUUCUUCGUGUAGGUGGAAGACUGAAAAGGUCGACCCUCAGUCAAGAACUAAAGCAUCCUAUCAUUCUCCCAAGGGACAGCCACAUUACCAAGCUAAUUCUGUCUCACUACCAUGUCCAGAUCUGUCAUCAAGGCCGAAGUCAAACCUUAAUGGAGCUCAGAGCAAAUGGAUUUUGGGCUAUUGGUGGGAGUAAAUCUGUUGCCACGUUGAUACAUAGAUGUGUGCGAUGCCGUAAGCUCAGACGACCAGCUGAGGAGCAACAAAUGUCUGAACUCCCAAGAGAACGCAUUGAAGUCUCAGCACCUUUUACAUUCUGUGGAAUGGACUGUUUUGGCCCAUUUGUCAUCAAGCGGGGCCGUAAAGAGUGCAAGAGAUAUGGCCUCAUCUUCACGUGCCUGUCUUCUCGAGCGGUCCAUAUCGAAAUGCUCGAAGAUAUGUCUACGGACGCCUUUGUCAACGCUUUGAGAUGCUUCAUCAGUCUUAGGGGAGCCGUUUGCCAACUCCACUGUGAUCAGGGCACAAACUUUGUGGGAGCCAGAAAUGAACUCCGGGAAGCUCUCAAGCAAUGUGACAUCAAAGUACUGGAAGCUUUCCUGGCAGAUAAACAGUGUGAGUUCUUCUUCAAUGCCCCCUCAGCAAGUCAUGCAGGUGGCGUAUGGGAGCGUCAAAUUCGGUCCAUCCGCAAUGUGUUGAGCAUCACCAUCUCUCAGUGUCCAGGCAGACUGGAUGAUGCCUCGCUUAGAACGUUAUUUUAUGAGGCAAUGGCCAUUGUCAACAGCCGCCCAUUGAACGUUGAUGGAAUCAAUGAUCCCUUGUCACCUGAACCCUUGACUCCAAAUCAUCUCAUCCUAAUGAAAUCAAGGUGUGCUUUACCACCUCCUGGAAAAUUUGUGAAAGAAGACAUGUACGCUGCAAAAAGGUGGCGCAGAGUACAGUAUCUGAGUGAGCAGUUCUGGAGUCGAUGGAAAAGGGAAUACCUCCUGAAUGUGGCUACAAGGCAAAAAUGGCAUGUGCCCCGGCGCAACCUGAAAGUGGAUGACAUAGUCAUUAUCAAAGAAGACACACUUCCAAGGAACCAGUGGCAACUAGGCCGAGUAGUUGAUGUUACAAAAGGGAUGGACGGUCUAGUUCGCAGAGUCAGAGUACAAGUUGGGGAGCGGAAACUGACGAAAAAACAGGAUCAUAACUCUAAACCCUCUAUCAUCGAACGGCCUAUCCAAAAGCUAGUGCUUCUCCUUGAAAGUGAAUAAUUGGCCGUCAGUCCAAAAUAUACUUGCAUCAGACAUGUCAGGCUAUUUGUGUUUUUUUUUGUGUACCUAUGCGUUUUAGUGUGGCCUUUUAUGGUUUGUAAAUCGUGUAUGAUUCUGUUUAUUAACCUUUAGUGAGUUCAUUCAUCAUAACACGAUUGGUGGGAGUGUAAGUGACUCGCUCAUUCGUCAUUCAUGUUCCUUUGUUUGAACCCCGGAACCUGUAUGGCUAUCUACUUUGUUUACGUCCCGUCGCUGUAGGCGAAUAGCUUAUUCGUUAUUCACGUUCCUUCGCUGUUACCCCGGAACCUGUAUAGAUGACUUUUUGUUUACGUUUCGUCACUGUAAGCCCGGGAACACGCUAGUCUGCAGCUGUUCUUUCUCCCGACUUUCCACAUCACCCGUACCUCUGUUAUGGAGUAAGUUAGCACAUUAUCUUGGUUUGAUUAUCAUAUUUAUUACUUGCUUGUACGUUCUGUACAUUAUUAGACUUACCUGAGCUGUAUUUGUGUGUCGUUUGUUAAGAGCCCAUCAAGCUAACAGCAAGCUUUGAAGCAGUCACGUGUGAGUUUUGCACCCUUGGUGAGCGGAGUGAGGUGUGUAUCUGGUAUAGUGUGUGUGUGUAAAAAGUAAACAUAUUUGUGAUCUAAGCCUAAUCUAAUUACUGUUGUUUAUUUUUUGAAGCACAGUAUUUCUAUGUGUUUUAUGGUUUGAUUGAAUGCACUGUGGAAAUGUGAUUUGUAUUAAAUAAAUUCUUUCUGUUUAUUUUUAGUUUUCACGGUGCUACUAAAUAAAAGGAAAUUGCACCUGUCGAGACUCUCUGCCAUUAUUAUGUACAUCAAGGG